GCUGUCAGCCGUCGGCACACGCGCUCAUUCAUAUACAUAUCUCUACACCUUGGUCGACAGCAACAAAACCGACACCGAAUUCACCCGCAUCUGCCACAUUGUUUUUCCUGUAAUGUUUUCCAUAUUUCGUCGUGCUGCAGUAGUUUAUGUACAAUUUACGCGUAUCGUACAUCCCAACUUUUGUACCCAUCCGCAACGUUCCCGGCUACUGGACGAUACCGUGCGGGAACGAUUUGCAAUCGAACUUGCAGCCGCCGUAGAGGUGAAAUUAGCAAACAAAAAGCUUGAAGCACAAAAGCGAAUGGAAACGCGCAAGACCAAGCAAGAAGUGCAGCAACGGUACAAUGGUGCGGUCAAAAGGCGCAAGUGGGAGGAUCCACCGGAAGAUCCGGAAGCGGUGAAAAACUUCGACCCGGCAUCGCGUGUGAAACGGCGCAAGAGCAUCAUCCUGCUCGGUUACUCCGGCGUGAAUUACUUCGGCAUGCAGCGCAAUCCGGGAACGAAAACGAUCGAAGAGGAUCUGUUGCGGGCGAUGCUCAAGCAAAACUGGAUCAACGACGAAGGGUUCCGGCAGCCGCAACAGAUUCAGUUCCAGCGUGCGGCACGUACCGAUAAAGGAGUGUCGGCAGCGGUACAGGUGGUGUCGAUCAAAUUGCCCGACAAUCUGGACGUAGAGGCUCUGAAUUCCGAACUGCCGGAGGACAUCCGAGUGUACGCAGUCAAGCGCGUGACGAAAGGUUUCAACUCCAAGACCAACUGUGACGCCCGUACCUACACGUACACGCUUCCCACGAUAGCAUUUGCUGCGAACGAAGAAAAAGUGGACAUCAACGCAUACCGUCUACCAGCCGAUCGAUUGAAGCGAGUGAACGAAGUGCUUUCGCUGUACGUUGGCACAAAGAACUUUCACAACUUUACCAGCCGUAAAGAAUUUCUCGACCCAUCCGUGAAGCGUUUCAUCAUGUCAUUCGAAUGUGAAACGCCAUUUGUGCCCGAAGGAUCGACGGCCGAGUUCGCUACGAUUAAGAUCAAAGGACAAAGCUUUAUGCUGCAUCAGAUACGUAAGAUGGUAGGGCUCACCAUAGCCGUUGUCCGUGGGCUUACGGACAGUGCGAUCAUCGAGAAGGCGUUUGGCCAGGAACGGUACGGCAUCCCGACCGCUCCGGGAUUGGGGCUAGUGUUGAGCAGAAUCCAUUAUGAUAAGUACAACAAGCGGUACGGUGAGGACGGGUGCCACGAAACGCUGGAAUUCGAGAAGGAGGAACCGGCGAUACAAGAGUUCUUUAAGCACCACAUUGCCUCGACUAUUGUCGAGACGGAGCUGAGCAGCAACUCGAUGAUGGAAUGGCUGGAAAAGCUACCGCUACACAGCUACGAGCCAAGAGACGAGAAUGAGCCGAGCGAGUGGAAACCAAGAAAUCGGAAAGACGAUAAUGAUGAUGACGACGAGUAGGAACUGAUUUGUUAUUGCGAACAUAGAUCAUACCUAACACGUAAA